GUUCUGUGGUCCCCUAAUGCAAACUCUCUCAGAUCAGUGAUUAGUGGUCAGGCUGGACUACUAAUAUUCAACAAAAAGAACACUUCCUUUCCAUUUCUUUUGCCAGUGCAUCUCUUUUAGCUCCGUUUACGAGAAGGGUCCACCAACAAUCCUCUCAUUUUCCUCUCCGUAUUUUCUUCAAACACAUAGAGAUUCAGAGACAGGAGAAGAAGAAGAAGAAGAAGAAAAGGGAUGUUUCUUAGCCAGUUGCAGAGCUCUCAGCCAUGGAUAUCACCGCCUCGAGUCCCGAGACUAAAUCUUAUUUCUUCUUCUUCCAGAAAGUGUUCAACAGGAAAUCAUUGCCAAACCAAUUUUGGUGGAUCGAGUCUUCUGCUUUAAAUGCACGGAAUUUCAGAAUACACUUUGGUGGAAAUUGGAAGGCCAGUUCUCAGAGGCUGGGGGAUAAGAUGAUUUGUACCGCUUACAAGGAUAACAUAGAUGAUUCAGAUCCCAGGUUCUUUAGAACGAGGCAAAAUAGUGGUGCUCGGACUUAUGGAGCUGAACUCAUAAUUGGAUCUAUUUCAUCAUAUUACAUAUUCAGAUUAAUGCAAUUAAAUUUUGUAAAUUCAUUGAUAAUGAUGGUUCAAGAUUUAUCCCCCUCUUUGGAUUUGACUUUUGGAGUUAUAAGUUCACCUUUUGCUUGUGUAUCUAAUUCCUUGAGCAAACCCACGCCUCUUGGGCUGGAUGUAUCCUUCCCUCUCUUUCAAGAUCUUCGGUGGAGCCUAGCACGUUUAAUCUAUCUCUUCAAUAUCCAACUGGAAAGAAAUGUGGCAACGUUCUUUAUAGUGCUCCUUGUGGCUUGCUUCUCAUUUGUUGUCAUUGGUGGUUUCCUUUUUUUCAAGUUUAGAGGAAGUAAGCAGUCUCUGGAGGACUGCUUUUGGGAAGCUUGGGCAUGUCUGUGUUCAUCAUCUACUCAUCUAAAGCAAAGAACACGUGUUGAACGUGUUAUUGGCUUUCUUCUAGCCAUCUGGGGCAUACUGUUCUACUCUCGGUUAUUGAGUACAAUGUCAGAGGAGUUCAGGACUAACAUGCAAAGGCUUAGGGAAGGUGCACAAAUGCAAGUACUUGAGACGGAUCAUAUUAUUAUUUGUGGAGUAAACAGUAAACUGAAUUUCAUACUUAAGCAGCUAAAUAUGUAUCAUGAGUUUGCUGUUCGCUUAGGUACUGCUACAGCUAGGAGGCAAAGAAUUCUUCUUAUGUCUGAUCUUCCAAGGAAGCAGAUAGAUAAGCUAGCUGACAAUUUUGCCAAAGAUCUUAGCCAUAUUGAUGUCCUUCCUAAGAGUUGCAGCCUUAGCCUAACAAAAUCAUUUGAAAGAGCUGCUGCCAAUAAAGCACGUGCCAUAAUUAUAUUGCCAACAACAAAGGGGGAUCGGUACGAAGUUGAUACCAAUGCAUUUCUAUCUGUGCUAGCUCUUCAACCUAUUACAAAGAUGGAAUCUGUCCCUACCAUCGUUGAGGUCUCAAACUCCAAUACAAGUGAACUCUUAAAGUCAAUUUCUGGAGUGAAAGUAGAGCCAGUGGAAAACGUUGCAUCCAAAUUAUUCGUUCAGUGCUCUCGCCAAAAGGGGCUGAUAAAAAUCUACAGACAUUUGCUUAAUUAUCGAAAAAAUGUUUUUAAUCUUUGCAGUUUCCCUGAUCUAGCAGGAAUUAAGUAUAGGCAACUGAGACGCGGAUUUCAUGGGGUAGUUGUUUGUGGUCUUUACAGGAACAAAAAGAUAUAUUUCCACCCAAAUGAUGAUGAAAUCCUUCAGAAAAGUGACAAAAUUUUGUUCAUUGGACCUGUUCAUCGGAGAAGGAAACCUGAAAUUGCAUCUUCUACCAUUUUGAAAGAAGGAACUUCUUUGCAAAGUCUGAAAGUUGGAGAUGAUAAUGACGAUAUAAAUUACACCAUAGAAUUGAUAAAAACACGGCUCAAAAAUAUUGUAAAACGUCCCAAAAAAUCAGGGUCUAAGGCAUCAGAUUUGUCUCUUGGACCAAAAGAAUGUAUACUUUUACUUGGAUGGCGCCCAGAUGUUGUAGAAAUGAUUGAAGAAUAUGAUAAUUAUCUUGGACCAGGAAGCAUAUUGGAAAUUUUAUCAGAUGUACCAUUAGCUGACAGGAAAAAGGCAAGCGAUGGCGCUGGUCUAGGCAAACUGAAAAACAUCCGAGUUUCCCACAGGAUUGGAAAUCCCAUGGAUUAUGAUGCCUUAAAGGAAACCAUUAUCAACAUUCAAAGUUCGUUUAAGAAAGGUGAAGAUAUUCCAUUGUCGAUUGCUGUAAUAUCAGAUAGAGAAUGUCUUCUCGGAGAUUCAUCCAGGGCAGAUAAGCAAUCCGCAUUCUCUCUUCUUCUUGCUGAAAACAUCUGCAAUAAACUUGGCGUGCAGGUACAAAAUCUAGUUGCAGAGAUUGUUGACUCGAAAUUAGGAAAACAAAUUACAAGAAUCAAGCCAUCCCUGACUUAUAUAGCAGCAGAGGAAAUAAUGAGCCUUGUCACAGCUCAAGUGGCAGAGAACAGUGAACUGAAUGAGGUGUGGAAAGACAUUCUGAAUGCAGAGGGUGAUGAAAUUUAUGUUAAGGAUAUUAGCCUCUAUAUGAAGGAGGGAGAGACUCCUUCAUUCUUUGAACUUUCUGAAAGGGCAUUUUUGCGGCGAGAGGUUGCUAUAGGCUAUGUCAAAGAUAAUAAAAAGGUUAUUAAUCCGAUUCCUAAGUCCGAGCCCCUCUCACUUGGAAUGACGGACAGGUUAAUUGUUAUAUCUGAGCUUGAAGGAGAACAACCUAUCAUCUACGACUUGUAAACUUCAGUCGUCAUCUAUUGUUGCCCCAUUCAUUUCUUUUAGUCGUUAUUGGGGCUUUCUAAUAUAAGUUCAGGUAGAAAUUCUGGAAUAUAAUUUGUCAAUAACAGUAAGAUAUCAUGAAAGAUGGGUUCAUUGAAAGUUUUGACAGAGGAUUGUUUAUUUAUAACUGAGUCAUGAUAGUUUUGCAAUUUGUAGAUUUCUCACCAAAGGAACUACAGCUGUUGAAUGUUCA